AUGUCCGUGUCUCUAACAUCUCGCUGCCCCGUCCUCAAACCCACCCGCAGGGAACCUGCGGAGGCCGCCGCACCCCGUGGUGCUGUAGUGGAUCGCGGAGGCUUAGGAUCAAGCGACAACACGCGCAUGCUCGGUCGGGCUCUAGAGGAGGAGGAGGAGGAGGCAAUGCAGGCGGAGGGCGUGCGGGAGGUGGCAGUGGCAACCGGCCUGGAGGUGCUGUACCAGGAGACCCCCAACUACCGCGGGGCGGCGGCCGAGGCUGACCGCAUGAUCGAGCCUAGGGAGACGGCUAGGCAUGCCUGA